AUGGAUAUUUGGCGGCUUGACGGCUCGGCUCCAGUUGUACAGCUGAUCAAGACAGUUGAUAUGCAUACCACGGGGGAGCCGACUAGAAUCAUCGUGGCUGGCUACCCACCGCUGGAAGGAGAAACACUCCUGCAGAAGCGCGCGUGCGCAAAAACCAAAUAUGAUCAUAUACGGCGACAGUUGAUGCACGAACCUAGAGGGCAUCGCGACAUGUAUGGAGCGAUAUUGCUCCCGGAGACCGAGAUGACGGCGCUCAAUCGGGCACACAUUGGCGUCCUGUUCUGUCACAAUGAAGGUUACUCAACGAUGUGCGGUCACGCGACGCUGGCCUUGGGACGAUUUCUCGUCGAUACACGCGAUCGCGACCUCUUCCCUCGGCGUGACAAGCUCGUGUACGACGAGUUGACCAGGACGACGGAAGUGGUAUUGCACGCGCCAUGCGGACCUCUCAAGAUCACGGUACCGACGAUAUCGGAGGGCGGAAGGCUGAGGUCUGAUGCUGCAAGGCCGGUCAGCUUUCACGGCGUCCCGAGUUAUGUGACGGGGAUGAGGGUCGACGUGCCUAUUCCAGAAGACAGGCGGUGGUCACACCUCCGGAGCACGAAGUCCUCCGUCGUUCAAGUAGACGUUGCGUAUGGAGGCGCUUUCUACGGGAUCGUCUCAACGGAAGAGCUAGGAUUUACAGCUGGACUGAAUAAGGAGUACACGUUGGAGCAGUUCGAUAAGGCAACAAGCGUCCUCAAGAGCUGCCUGAUGGAGAGAAGGGAUCUAUUCAAGCACCCGACCGAACCGGACCUGGAGUUCCUUUACGGGAUCAUCGUGGUCGAUAGAAAUCGCGGAAAGCGAUCGAACGAAGAUGCUGUAGGAGCCAACACCGGACUCUGUUUCUUCGCGGACAGGGAAAUCGACAGGUCGCCGACUGGGUCCGGGGUCAUGGCCCGAACGGCGCUCGCGGUGAGCAGGGGCGAGCUGGAAGUCGGGGACAGUUGGGAAUACCACUCGAUCGUGAGCGCGGGCAGAGGAGAGGGCGGAUUUCGUGGGACGGUGAUCAGCAGCGGCCCCGACGGCGUUGUUGCGCGAGUAGAGGGCAAGGCGUACUACACCGGCACGCAUUCCUUCGUCGUCGAAGCAUGUGAUCCGCUCGCGGACGGCUUCGUGCUGGGCCUGUAG